GAAAGUCCGCCAUUUUUUUUUCUCGUCGUGUUCGUGUUUCGCCGCGUUGAGGUUACGUCGCGUCUCGAUGCGAGUUUUGCACGUUAUUAAUAUACAUUAAUAAUAAUAAUAUUUUUGUCCUCAUCUCGCGAGGCGUUUCGACUCGCCGUCUUCUCGAAAUCCACUCGAGAUGAACGCGAAGGAGAAUUCCACGGCGCCGACAAAGAACGCGAACGCAUCGAACGCGAAGCUCUACGGCAAGAUCGUGUUGACUUUGCAGAAUUGUCUCCUGCCGGAGGAGAAGCUCAACUCGACCCCCUCGUACCUGGACGGUCUUGACGCCGAGACCGAGACGGAUCUGCGAAUACUGGGAUGCGAACUCAUACAGACGGCCGGUAUCCUGUUGAAAUUACCCCAGGUUGCAAUGGCUACAGGGCAAGUAAUAUUCCAACGAUUUUAUUAUAGCAAAUCUCUAGUUAGACACAAUAUGGAGACAACUGCAAUGGGUUGUAUAUGCUUAGCUAGCAAAAUCGAGGAAGCACCCAGGCGCAUCAGGGAUGUCAUUAAUGUUUUCAAUCAUGUAAAACAGGUUUCCAGUCAAAAAGCGAUUCAACCUGUGAUUCUCGAUCAGAAUUACGUAGCUCUAAAGAAUCAGGUCAUCAAAUCAGAGAGAAGAGUGUUGAAGGAACUGGGCUUUUGCGUUCAUGUGAAGCAUCCACAUAAGAUCAUUGUCAUGUAUUUGCAAGUGCUGGGAUAUGAGAAGAAUCGCUCGCUGAUGCAACAGAGCUGGAAUUACAUGAACGACUCGUUACGUUCCGACGUCUUUUUGCGCUAUCAACCGGAGACCGUGGCAUGCGCGUGCAUUUAUCUCGCUGCUCGACAAUUGCAACUGCCGCUGCCCACAACACCCACUUGGUUUUCGCUCUUCACAGUCAACGAGUCGUCGAUCAGGGACGUUUGUCGACGUAUCCUGCGCCUUUAUUCGCGACCGCGCGUGAGGCCCGAGCAGUUGGAGAAAACGGUCGAGGAGCUGCGACGUCAGUACGAAGAAGCUAGAACCAAAGCGCGCGGUGGAGAUGUCGACGGACACACACCGAGUCCACCACUGCCGAAACAUCACAACGCCUGGGGUGGAUUCAUCAGCCGCAGCGGCACUCACGCCGCUCCCGAAAGAACGAAAUCACCUAGGCGUUCGAAAUCUCCAAGUACUUCUCCAUCGCGAGGCGAAGGGACAAAGCAUUCCAAACGAAAAAGACACAGCAGGAGUAGAUCCCGCAGUCACAGUCACGGUAGAUCCAGCAAAUCUAAAAAGACCCAGCGAAGACGAUCAGGCAGCCAUAAAUCAUCACGAAGAUCGCGAAGUUACAGAUCGCGAAGUCGAUCCCGAGAUAGAGACUUGGAGAAAUCGAGCAAACAUCGCAGUAAACGCAGUAGACGUCACUGAAGAUUUACUAUAUAGAUGGAAAUUUCGCAUUAUUUUACAAAAUAUCAGAGUAAGACUUUAAACAUUUGUAAUCAAUUUGUAAUAGAAGGUGAAUUUUGUAUAGUCCUCUAUCACAAUUCUUUUAUUUCGAACAAAUGGACAUACGUUCAGUUUCUAGAUUAUCUUGAAUUUCAUUAGUUUCAACAACAUUGAAAGACACUGUUUCAUUAUGAAACAGAUUAUUUCCAAUAAUAUAUAUUAUAUAUUGUAUUUUCGUCAACAGCAUUUUCAUCGUUCACGGGUACAUGAUUUAUGUUAAAAAUUGUUAUGAGAAAGUGAGAUAAUGUAACUUUUGUAAAAUAUCAAAUAAUGUAAAUUGUUUUUUAAAUUUUAUGUAAGUUCAUAGAAACUAAUCAGAACAAAAAGAAAUAUUGCAGAUACGUACAUGUUAUCACGUUUGUAUGUUUAUGUUGAUUAACAGACUCAAAUUAAAAAAUGGUUAAUGAAAUGAAAUUAUCGCAAAUAGGAAUUGCACAUAUAAUGCAAUGUUUAUGAUUCAUAUAUAAUUUGCAAAUAUUUUUUAUUCGUAAAUAUAAUUUCUAAACAAAUAUUCACAACUGACAGAUUAGAUUUCAUCAAGUGAAACAAAAGAAUUAAAAAAAAUGUUUCAAACAUUUUAUGAAUCUGUUAAUAUGAAAAAUCUAUGUCAAAAUUUACAACUAUAAUUAAUGAUAUUGAACUUCUAUUUUUUUUUCAUCCUGACAAAUUUCUAUGAACUUGUACAAAGCAUAGAAAAUCUACAUAAUUCUCGAAAAAUUAAUAUAUUAAUUUGUAGUUUUUACAAGUCUGCUGAGCUAUACCUCAACCGAUGUACGAUGCAAUAAAGAUAUGAAAAUAGAAAGAGAUGUUAUAAAAAAGGCAUGUAACAACAAAUAAAAAUAAAAUUUUAUAUUCAUA